AUGGAGCACCUGGAGAUUCCUGUGGAAUUCCAAUCUAAGCUUCGUCGCCGACUAAUCCAUCAGGACGGACGGACGGACGCCGCAAUCAUUGACGCCCUACACAGUCAUUUCCCUGUGGACUCCGAGAAGAAUAUAUGGGGCUUCUGGCACUCCGGGAUUCUAUCAAUGCCAAGUCAUUGGCAACGCAAUGUCGCACAAUGGGUCCGCUUGAACAAAUCCGACGGCUGGACUGUACGCAUCUUAGACAACUGCCCAGAGUCGCCAAACUAUGCCCUCAAUUUCAUUCCCGCCGAGAUGCUACCCCAGUGUUUCAUCGAUCGCACCGUGGACGGCAAAUACGUUGGCCAGCACUCAGCUGACUUUGUACGAGGGGCAUGCAUUUACCAGCAUGGAGGCGUGUAUAUGGAUGUAGGAAUUCUUCCAAUCCUUCCCGUCGACCAGAUUUGUUGGAAUCAACUCGUGGAUCCCACGACACCGUAUGAAGUGUCGACUGUGUUGUCUCAUGGAACACUUCCUGUCAACUUCUUUCUUGCGGGGAGGCAGGGUGACAAGUUCAUCAAGAGGCUCAACGAUAUGUUUUUAUACAUUUGGAAGGGUCGCACGAAUUGUACUGGGGUCUCUCAGCAUCCGCUUUUGGCGCCGACGCUGAUUGACCCUAACACGGGCAAGUUCAUCGAGUUUCCUCCUGGCAUUGCCGAUCUUGCCGAUGGAGUCAGGAUGCCAGAUUUAGUUGACUAUAGCAUGCAAAUGUUCUGCUGGUCUCAGCUGGCGUGCACCAAGGAUCUGAAUUCCGGCUUUGACGGAGUCGAAUACUGGACUGAGAAGACCCUGCUUUUCCCUCGAGUAGCUGAAGCGCAUCGACGCGAGGAGAUUGUGAAUUGGGAUGGUCCGCGCUUCUUCAAGCUUCUGUGCCUGCGUCGGCACGAAGAGGCCAGACUAGAAAGUCCAGAUGACUGGAAGUCCGCGCACGAUCUGGUCUGGUCGAUCCUCGCCGAUUCCGCCAUGGUGAAGAUCUUCAAGGCUGCGCAAUUAUUCACUUCCGUCACCCUUGGAAUGAUGAUGGAACGUCCUGAGAACGUUGAAUUGGAUAAUGUCUCUGGAACGUGCCAGGACCGGCUCCGAGUCUUGUACUCACAUGAACUUAAAGGCGCUCCUGGCAGAGUCUUGGAAGUGGUGAACUUCACUGGAUACGUACAGGCACAGGACGCAGCACUAAUCAACACGAAACAUCUUGAAUCAGUGUCCGCAACAAGCAAGCAAGCAGCUUGA